GCCAGGUUGCUCGUUAGAAUGAACGGUGCGUUUUCUGAUAGGGCAUCGAGUGUCUGUUUGGAACACUGCGGGAUGUAUAGGCCAGCAUUCCCCGAGAGAGAACUGUCGGCUUCCCCGAGCUCUGAGGCGGUUGGUGCUAGCACUUCAUGUGCACCUGGGUAUGGUAAUACUUCAUACCAACAUAAGUCGCAAAGGGAUUACGAAAACAAUCAUAUGCAGCAGUGGCAGCAUGAACAACACCGAGGGGAAAAUUAUUCAAGUGCUGGUAGCUACCAAGCCGAACAAGGCGCUUGUAUUUUCGAGGACUCUUAUUGGCACUACCCUGAAGAGGGUAGGGUCGGGGAGCAACGACAAAGUCCUCCGGAAGAAGUGGCUCUGAAUCUAACUGGGUUUCAGGAAAACGCGGGACCCGCAUACUUUUCUAGAGAACAAAAGGUAACGCACCGUGCCAGUAAUCCUAGAGGUCAUGGUCCUUUAACUUCAACCAGCUGCUCGGAAGAUUUUGCUCGACAAUGGCAAAAGCAAAGCUUCCAAGGUCCUCCGGACUUGCCUGACUAUCAGUCUCAAACCCGAUCCCCGGAUGUUGCGCUUCCGAGAUCUUGUAUACAUGAUUGUAGUUUCAGCGGCUACGUAGCCGGAAAGUUGCCAGCCGUCGGCCACCCCGGGAAAAAAGAAGCGCUUGCCGGGACUUCAAGUGUCAAAUUCCAGUGGAUGAAAAAUACGCGCUCCCAUCAUUUAGAGUGGAAAGCACAAUGGCAAAGAGCAACUGGAGGCAUCCCCGCGCAAUUUCCCGAGGUGGAUGAAAACAAAAGGACAAGGACAGCUUAUACGAGAUGGCAGCUUCUUGAACUGGAGAAAGAGUUUCACUUCAGUCGUUAUAUCUCAAGACCACGAAGGAUAGAGUUAGCAGCGAUGCUAAACUUAACUGAACGACAUAUAAAGAUUUGGUUUCAAAACAGACGAAUGAAAUGGAAAAAAGACCAAGCCGCCAACUCGAAGACAGGGAAAGUAAGAGACAUUACGGCAGAGAUACGAGACACUGCAUGCGAACAAACAGCACCUCAUGCGGUUGAUAUAUCAGAAGUACCAGUACCGCUAGGCGACGCUAGAGCGCAAGUUUCAGACGAAACGACGGUUUUAAAAUUGGAUUCCAAAAAUUUUUCGGACGGUGUUUCCAGUGCUAAGUCCAAUAAAGAACAUGAUAGUUCUCAAACAAAGGGAAAACAAUUUCCAACAACGGAUAUGGGCAACACUGAAACGAAUAUGACAGAAGAAAACAAGAUUCCGUGAAUACGCAAGGACCAUUUUAUUGCAGUAGAAUAGUUAGUUAGACGUAGAGAAUUGCUUCAAGCUUUUACAGUUCACUCACUCAUGGCCCAGGUGUAUAGUAGUUAUUGAAAUUUAACAACUUAUAAGAAAUUAACAUAAAAGAAAUAGAAUUGCUUGCAUCUUAACAAAAGAAACUUUUUUUGGAUAUUUGAUAAAUGAAAACAUUGCAUAAAGUUACAAACAGUUCUUUAUUUUUAUCUUUUUUAUUGCGUUAGUUUAUUUACCAAGCACAAAGUUCCGAAGUGUGUUUCUGCAUUUGCAUUAGUUUUCGCCUAAAUAUAUUCAUAGCG